GGGAUUUUUUAGAGGUAACACGAACUUGCUAUAAGGAUUAACUUGGAUUGCCUUUUGUGGUGCAAUAUUUAAAGAGCAUACUGCUAAAAGGACAUAGCAAUGGAGUGGAGGAUUAUAGUACCUGUUCUGUGUCUAAUUGGAAUCCUACAUGUGCGAGGAAAUGCUGCUCAGUCCAGCAGUACCACCAGCAUCAUCAGCACCAACGCCAUCACUGUAACUUCAAAUCCAACUGCAACUGCGAGUAAAACUGCAACUUCAAAUCCAACUGUAACUGCGAGUAAAACCGCAACUUCAAAUCCAACUGUAACUGCGAGUAAAACCGCAACUUCAAAUCCAACUGCAACUGCGAGUAAAACUGCAACUUCAAAUCCAACUGCGAGUCAAACUGCAUCUUCAAAUCCAACUGCAACUGCGAAUCCAACUGCAACUUCAAAUCCAACUGCAACUACAAAUCCAACUGCAACUGCGAGUAAAACUGCAACUUCAAAUCCAAUUGCAACUGAGAGUCAAACUGCAUCUUCAAAUCCAACUGCAACUGCGAGUAAAACCGCAACUUCAAAUCCAACUGUAACUGCGAGUAAAACCGCAACUUCAAAUCCAACUGCAACUACAAAUCCAACUGCAACUACAAAUCAAACUGCAACUACAAAUCCAACUGCAACUAUUCUUCAAUCUACGACUCCAGCUACAACAGUCUCUACACCAGCUGCAACCACCCCUACACCUGCUAACACUGCAUCCCUUAAUUUGGUGUUCAAACUUACUAAAACCUUCAAGCCCAUCUUCUCCGAUCUGAAUAAUCCUGAGACCAAACAGCUGAUAGAAGAGAUCACCAAUGCGUUUACUCCAAUUUACCGGAAACGGUUUUCAAACUUCCGUCGCAUGUUUAUUCGAAAAUUCAGUGCGGGCUCAGUUGUGACGGAUUCUGUGCUUGAGUUUAACAACACAGACGCUAGUCCUAAUCUGACAGAAGUGAAAAACACAUUUGUUGAUGCAAUUACAUCUGGAGAUUUCAACUUUACAGUUGAUAACACAUCCAUCAGUGUUUCCGAUAUCACAACAACCAAUGCUACGACAAUAGUCUCUACUACAGCAGACUUUAAUCUUUCUGAAUAUAAUGUGACCUUUACAAUGAAUGAAACCUUCAGCAGUGAACUAUCAAAUAUCAGCUCUUCUCGAGCCGUAGCUCUGGCAAAGAAUAUCACUGCUCAGUUUGAUGGAGUUUUCAAGAAACUUUUUUCAAACUUUGUUCGCUCGCUCAUUUGGCGGUUCAGGAGUGGCUCCAUUAUUGUAGAUGGUCUAUUGGGAUUUGACAAAACUGGCACAAGUCCUACUGCGGCAGAGGUGGUUAAAGUCAUAGUUGACAGUGCUAAAAAUGGGACAUUCACAUUCAGAGUUGAUUCACUAUCUGUUACAGACCCAUCAGGAGUCACUGCUAACAGGUCUCCGGUCCUGGCUAGUAUGAUGACGGCUUUGUGGAUGACCCUUGCAUCACUCGUGGUGUCAGCUGUGAUGCACUAAACACACAAAAUCAUGUCAACACAAAAUGAACGUGGCAUCUCUGAUCUUUUCACAUUCAGAAUCAGCAAGUCACAAAGCAAAACAAGCCAAGUUAUGAUUUACUAGUCUUUCUUGCCACAUAUAGAGCCAUAGUGAUACGUAUGGUAUGGUAUUUUGGUUUCUUUGGUUUACAAAAAGCACAUUGUUUAUGUGUACACUGAGCGGGAGAAAGAAUGAGGAUUGGUUUAUUGGAACCAAAUCUGAACAUUUCUUUAUGACACAGGAAUGGCACAAGUGAAAGUUACCUAUAAAGCUUAUAUGUUGUAAUUCAAAAUUUAGAUGGUUUUGCUCUUCUGAAAAUGGAUUGAACAAUAAACUAUAUAUCUUUACCAAUGUAUUAAUUAGAUUAUGAAGAUGUGAAAUCUAUGUAUUUAAUCUUUAAGUAAAUGAAAAAUGUUCUGAUAAAUGCUCUGUAUUCUGUGUUUUAUGAAGUACUUAUGUUUAAUAAAAUGAAGGUGGAAUCCUGUUCCAUUUGUAAAUUCAGUGCUGCAAAAACUUUACAAAUAAAAACUGUAUCUAGAUUAA